AUGGUAGCAAAAAAAAGGAGCCAGCUGAGGGCGAAGGCAGCGCUCAGACUGGGUCGUUCUAAAGAUGAAGACGAUUCAGAGCCCACAAGUAUUGACUUGCCAGAGGAUCCUAAGGCAUUUUUGCAUCUGCCUCGCGAAUCGAAGAAGGACAAAAUGAUGAGUAAAUCACAAUCCUUUCUCUCCAAGCUCCAUGAGAACACAUCUAUAAACGGUGCAAUUUCUAAAUCGGCUAUCCGGCGCCGUAAGCGUAAGUUGAGAGACCAGCUGAAGCCCAAGAUGGAGGACCUGUUGGUGUCGCUUGAAAAGGACGGAGUGACAGAAGCGCUGGAAAUCCCAGGGAGCGAAGAAGAAGGCAGCACACGCGACUCCACAGAGCGGAAGACUACAAGGAUAACACGUCCCCCACCAACUCCCAGCACAGGCUCUGUGAUCAUGAGAAAAAAUCAGCCAAGCAUAAGAAACCAGCGUGGUGCAAAGCAGCUUGCGCAGAAGGAGUCCGAUAGGUUCCAAAGCGUUCUACAGAACAAGCAGUUUCAGCAGGACCCUUUCGCCGCUCUCAAAGAAGUCAUUAAAAUGCAGAAGAGCUAG